AAGAGUUCUUACGGAAGUACUGCCUUGUUUGUUGGUUGGUUUCUUAACUUUACCUGCAAGAUGAAAUAGGAUUUUGUCCUGGUUAUAUUACGCUGUUUUGCCUUACCUCUUAUAUCUACGAUUCUACUCAUAUUCGUGAGAACGCAGAAACACCAAUACUUCAAGAUAUGGCAGCUCCACGGGGCAUGACAAGAGAACACAGAGCUGCCCUGAUCAAGAACCGUCUUACUCUAGUUAAUGACAUAACAGAGCCGUCACUGCUAAGCAUUCUUAAUUUCAUGUAUUCCAAAUCAGUUUUAAGUGACAGGGAGUAUGAAUACAUCAAAUCCAAGCGAAUCAAACAUGAUAUGAAUGAAGAGUUUUUGGACAUCCUUAUUGGGAAGAGUGAUGUAGGUUAUUAUGUCUUUCUGGAAGCCUUAUGGGAGGAAGGAAUGCAUCAUGUUGUCAGCCAGCUCCAGGGUGGAUCAGGGGCAGGAGGAGACGCAGUUGAAAGCAUGCCUGGAGUCAUGAUGAUGAGUAACCAUCAUAAGGAUCUUCUUAGGCGCAAUAGAAUGGCUUUAACAAACGACAUGACAGAUUCUGAUACCAAGUUUAUCCUGAACCAUUUGCUGCAAGAAGGUGUCUUCACUCAGAGAGACAAUGAGACAGUGAGAGCAGAAAGGACAUGUUAUGCUAGAGCUGAAAAACUGUUAGACCUCCUGCCAGGAAAAGGAGAAAGUGCUUUUGAGAUAUUCCGCUAUGCUCUGUGCGAGGGUGGCCAGGAACACUUAGCUGCUCUGCUUCAAGAUGGUCAAGACACCUACCCAGUUCAAGCCACCGACCAAAGCUUGAGAAAUCCCCAGGGAUAUGGACAGCCUUAUGGUCAGCAGCAUGUGCCACAAUACGGACACCCUUACGAUCAGCAGCAUCUGACACAAUAUGGACACCCUUACGGUCAACCUUUUAGUGCACAGUAUCAGCAGUUUCAAUAAAUGUUUCUUUUAUAUGCACAGUCUGUUGAACUCUUUCUGGGAUGAUUUGGUCAGUUCUUAUGGUCAAGCCAAUUUGUAAGCAGGAAACUGUUUGUGAUGUGAAUGUAAUAUAAUUCCAUUUGGAUGGGCUUCUUUGUAAAUGUUUUUAUUCAUUAAAACUUUUUACAAGACUAGAAAAUGUAAGACAUUAUGAAGAAAUAUAUAAUAAGGACCAUUUUCUUUUAUUUUACUUUGUUAGAUGAUUUUUAAAAAGAAAGCAUAUUUGUCACCAAUGUACAAAUUAAAUAUCUUAUGAUCACAGUAUUUAAAUGAUCCAACUUUUGAAAAAAAUAAAGAGAAAGUUUGCAAAAUA